CUUGUGUUCACUAAUUUUUUUUAAACAAAUAAAAGAGUUUUUUAUUUUUUGUAUACGGCUCCUCUUUUCUCUUUAAAAAACAUCUUUUUGAAAAAAUCAUGACAUUUUUUUCUGAUAUUGCUGAUAAAGUAAACAGUCUUUUCGAGACUUCUUGUGACGAGAAGAAGGACGGUGCCCCUGAUGAUGAUUUCAUUGAACAGCAGUUGGCUAACGAAAAGCAUCGUUAUGAUUCUUUUGCUGCUGUAAGACACGAAGCUCAAGUCAAGUUUUAUAUUGACGGUCAAAACUACUGCUGGGCUGUUUCAGAAGCUAUUGAAGCUGCAACUGAGUGUAUCUAUAUUGAGGAUUGGUGGCUGACUCCCGAAUUGUACUUGCGUAGACCUCCUUCCAAGUAUCCUGAAUAUCGUCUUGAUGCCUUAUUAAAGAGAAAGGCCGACGAAGGUGUAAAGAUUUACGUCGUUGUCUACAAGGAAGUUGAAUUAGCUUUGACUUUAGACAGUCGCCAUACAAAGGACAGUCUUCAAGCCCUCAGUGAAAAUAUUAUUGUUUUAAGACAUCCUGAUCACGACCUCGGUGGUACUUUCUUUUGGUCUCAUCACGAAAAGUUUGUCAUUGUUGAUAAUCAAAUCGCCUUCCUUGGUGGUAUUGAUUUGUGCUUUGGUCGUUGGGACACCCACGGUCAUCCUUUAGCUGAUUUCAGCGGAAACGACCCCGAAAGUGAACUAUUCCCAGGUCAAGAUUAUAGUGAUGCUCGUGUAAGAGAUUUUGAGCAUGUUAAGGAUUGGGAUAUGCGUCUCAUUGAUAAGACUGUUAUUCCUAGAAUGCCAUGGCACGACAUGUCCUUAUGUGUUAUCGGUGCUCCAGUUCUUGAUGUUGCACGUCAUUUUUGCGAACGUUGGAAUUUCAUCAAACACGAAAAGGCACUCAACAAAGAUAACGUUCCCUUUUUGCAACCCCCUCUCGGUGGCAUGGGUACUCAACAACGCUAUAUUGAAGAAUCUACUGAAGAAGUGCAUCACUAUAAGAAAUACCGUCACAAGCACAGAACUCAAGGUGUUACAGGUACCAUGCGUGCUCAAGUGCUUAGAAGCAGUGCCAAAUGGAGUUCCGGUAUCGAGUUGGAGCACUCUAUUCAAAAUGCCUACAUCGCCACUAUUCUUCGCGCUGAGCAUUAUGUCUACAUUGAAAACCAAUUUUUCAUUACCGCAACCGAUAACAAGGAGGACAAUAUGAUUAAGAAUCAAAUCGGUAACGCUAUUGUCAAGCGUAUUAUUCGUGCCCAUGAAGAGCAGGAGAAAUUCAAGGUCUUUGUUUUGAUGCCUUUGAUGCCUGCCUUCCCUGCCGAUCUUAGUACUAAGGAUGCUGCUACUGCAAGAUUGGUGAUGCAUUAUCAAUACAUUUCCAUUUGUCGUGGUAAUGACAGUAUUGUUGAAAAGCUCAAGGCUAACGGUAUUGAUCCCGAUAACUAUAUUCGAUUCUACAGUUUAAGAAGUUAUGAUCGUAUCAAUCGUAGUAACCUUGAAGAGCUUCUUCUUCAAGCUGCUGGUUACACCAGUACGGAACAACAAAUUCACAAUGCUGGUGGUGACGAAGGUGACCGUGCUCAAAUCAUUCAUCACGCUGGUGACCCAGAAUUUGUGGAAGGUACUGAAGGUGAGUUCGGUGUUGAGGAAGAGGUUGAAUACGCUCGUGUUGCCGAUGAAGAAGAUGUUGAACGUUAUCGUGAACGUCUCGAGAAUGGCGAAGAAGAUGAAGGUAUUGCUGCUGAUUCUAUUGCCAAGGAUGCCAUGUUAGACGGUGAUAUUGAAAGUGAGCCCUGGGUGAAUGAUACAAAAGACAGUCAGCCUCGUGAUGCUCGUGCUGAAAGAGAAGAAGCCAGCGAUUACGUUACUGAAGAACUUUAUAUCCAUGCUAAGCUUUUAAUUGCUGAUGACAAGGUUGUUAUUAUGGGUUCCAGUAAUUUAAACGAUCGUUCUCAAUGUGGUGACCGUGAUUCUGAAAUCGCCUUGCUUGUGGAAGACCAAGAGACGAUUCCUUCUCAAAUGAACGGCAAAUUCUAUGAAGCCUCUCGUUUUGCUGCUACUUUAAGACGUAACUUGUGGAAGGAGCAUUUAGGUUUGCUUCCACAUACUGAACCAGAUGCUGUGACCGAUGCCAUGUUGCCUUUACCUACUCCUCAAAUUGAUACUGUAUAUAGUGAAGAAGAUAAGGAAGUUAUGGAUCCUCUUGAUGAUGAAACACUUGAAAGAUGGAACGGAACUGCAAAGACAAAUACUGAUGCAUUCCGUGAGGUCUUCCAUUGUGUUCCUGAUGAUACCGUAACCAAUUGGGAGGAAUAUAAAACCUUUUAUCCUGAUCCCAGCCAAAUUGAAAUUGGUCACGUCCACGAUCCCGAAAUGUCCGUUGAAGAUAUCAGAGAUCAAUUGAGUAACAUUCGUGGCCAUUUGGUUGAAUUCCCUUACAAGUUUUUGGAAGGUAUCGAUCUUCAAGGUGAAUCUAUUCCAUUCAUUGGAGAUGAUAUCCAAGAGUUAUAUACUUAAUUUUUUAAUAAACCAUCUUUGCGGUAUUUUAAAGCCUAUCAUACGUAUAUACUUUUACGGCCAUGACAUGACUUUUUGGAUUGAAUAAAAUCAUCUUACUUUUUUUUUAAAAAAAUGUAUAUA